AUCAGAUCCAUUGUACCAGUAAAGAAAAAAAAAAUGACCGACGCCGAAAGUUGCGAGAAAUCGGUGCACGAAUGCAGCAGCAGCAUGGCGCUACAGACGAGCAGCGGUUCCGUGAGUGAGGCGGAGCUGAACAACUUUCCAUGUCAGCAGCUGGGUUUGGAUGGUUCCUCGGGCAGUGCUACGACAGGAUCGGUGGAAGAACAAAAGUGCAAUCUACCAUACCCCAUUAUUGUGGACAGCUCGGUACCGAAGAUCUACCGUAGCGACUACCCGGUAACGCAGAUCAACGGUUGUCGACAGUAUGGGCCACCGAAGAACUGGACCGGUCAAAUUCCCGGCUUCGGAUGCGAAAUCUAUGUCAAACGCAUUCCGCCGGAUUUCACCGAAACCGAGUUGGUUCCGGUGUUCGAGCAAUUCGGGAAACUGUACGAGAUGCGCCUGAUGAUGGAUUACAACAAUCAGAACCGUCGGUACUGUUUCGUUCGGUACACGACCGAGGAGGAUGCAAAGCUGGCGAUUGAGGUCCUCAAUCAUCACUUCGUGCGGGACAGCCAAACUCUGGAGGCACAAAAGUCGUUCGAAAAGUGUCGCCUGUUUGUCGGAAACCUUCCGAAGGAUCUCGAUCGUAAAACGAUCGAAAUCGCAUUCCGGUCGUUGUUUCCGGAGAUGACCCGGUUUGUGAUGCACAACCGCAUUGCUGAUGGGGACAAGAACAGGGGAUUUGCGUUCAUGGAUUUCCCGGACCAUGGUGCGGCACUGCGGGCUAAGAAGCAAACCACUCCUGGAUGCAUGCGCAUAUGGGAUCGGGAUAUCAAAAUCGUCUGGGCAAAUCCGCAACGAUCGUUGGACCAUUCUGGAGUGGAUGAAGUCAAAACGUUGUUCGUGAGGAACAUAGACCUGACGGUCAACACGAAGGAGCUGUACAACUUGUUUGUCCGGCUGGUUCCUCGGCAGGACAUAAUUAAAAUUUCCCGGGUUCGUGAGUUUGCGUUCGUUGAGUUUGCCCAACGGGAGCAGUGCGAGGCGGUAAUGCAUGCCGUUCAGGGGUACGUGCUGAACAAGUUUCCCCUGGACAUUGAAUGGGCCAUGCCGCCGCUCAGACCCACCUACAGGAAUACGUUCCACAAUAUGAAGAAUUACGACUUCGACUCACUGUUGCGUAUCAAGUGCAUCGCCAACGGUUGGGAUCUUCCGAUCAUCAUCUACGGGCGAACGUUCACACUGAGUUGUCUUCAGUAUGUGGCCAUCAUCUUCCGGCACAAGGGACAAGUGCAUACGUACUAUGCAGAGGUUCACAUGAACGGAUUGGUCGACAUACAGAGCAGGGUUUGCGAAGCGAUGAUCACGUUGAUAUUGGAGGGCGGAAUACUCCCCGAACCGCAUCUGGUACUGAAGAUAAAAAACGACUCGAUGAAGCUGGUUGGUUCGGUUUCCUCGGUGACUCGCCCGAUCCUCAAUCUGGCCCGUGACGUCGAUCGUUCACUGGAACUGUUCUGGAACGAGAUUCUUGAUCUGUGCGCGGCCGCCAACCAGCUGAUCAAGUACUCGUUCGAUGAUCUGUACGCCCUCUACCGGCGGGAGGUAGAAAGUGGUCUACCCUUCCCGUAUCUGGAAUCGAUCACACUCAACGGUCGCAUCAUCGGUUGUCUCGACCAGUCCUUCCGCCGCCGACCGCCGCUUAGUCGCAAGUUGGACAACCGUGAAAUCAUCUUCGUUCUAUGCGAUCAGUACAGCUUGACAAACUACAACUUCGCCAAGAAGAACACCUACAUCGCCGAAACGCUCUCGUCGAUGGAACACACCGGUACCUCCACGUUCAAGUACAAGAUCCUUCCGAUGCUUCCGUCCCGUUUCGUACAGGCCAACAGCGGUCGUGAAUUCAAGAUCGACGCCGUCUACUUUGGCCUUAAUCCGUACUCCGUCGUCGAAAUGGAUCCCAACAACACGGGCUAUACCUACCAGUUGCUUCCGUUCCACCCCACGAACAUCCCACCACCGCCGCAGGCGAUGUUCAACGCCAUUGCUGCACCGGCAACAGCUCCACCAACGACAUUCUACGGCGAUAUGAACUUGAUGACCCAAGCCAUGCAACAGCUUGGACUAGGUUCGGCUGCAUUCCCACCGCAGGCGUUCUAUGGACAACAGGCACCACCGCCUCCGCCACCGGGAGGACUGAUGGCACCAUCGUUUUUCUACAACAUGUGA